CUUAAGGGAAAUACCUCCAGGAAGGAGGGUCUCGGGUGGGAUCCCAAGUGGGGAACUAGGGGGACUUUUCCGUAGGGAGUUGGGGUGGGCUCUUGAGUGAGGGGCUAGGGGCUCGUCUCUGGGGUCAAAGACGGGUUCCCUCGUGUGAGGGCGCGGAUCGACUGGGCGCUGUCUUGGGGUCUUGCACUCUCACAGCUUCGCACGGCUUCGCGCCCCACCGCCUGCGACCCCCAGGCCUUCUCUCCCCCGGGCGCCCACUCCUUUCUUGGGAAGAGCAGCCGGUGCUGGAGGGCAGAGACUGCCCCAGGGGCGGAGCUCCCUCUCGGGCCGGAGGUAGGAAAGUGCAGAGCUGCCGGGGCCGAGGCACAGACCUCCAGGCGAGGCUCCUCCCGAGCGUCCCUCUUGCCAGCCAGGGUCGCAGUCGCAGCGGCGGCCGCAGCUCUUAGCCCACAGGAUUUGCAAACUCUUACUGCACCCUUCUCUCCCAUUAGGAGCUUUUCCUCUCUCUUUCUCCCCAACCCCUCUGUCCUCCUCACUUUGGGGAAUUUAAUGCUUUCUUUAGCAUCUUUUUGUGUGCUUGAUCUAGGGGACGUGACACCCCAGAGUUCCAACUAUCUCUCAGCUGAAUUCUACUUUUGUUUUUAUGUCUUCCUCGCCUCCUCUCGUGUCCCUCUUAUCUGACUGAUCUGCGAAGUCUGAUGCUUCUGCCAGAGGGAGAGGAAUAAAUAGAUGCUGCUGCCUCCGAAGGCUUAGAAGUUGGGAAAGAGCAGCCUGGGCGGCAGGGGCGGCGGCUGGAGCUCGGUAAAGCUCGUGGGACCUCAUUGGGGGAAUUUGAUCCAAGGAAGCGGUGAUUGCCGGGGGAGGAGAAACUCCCAGAUCCUUGUGUCCACUUGCAGGGGGGGAGGCGGAGACGGCGGAGCGGGCCUCUCGGCGUCCACUGCGCGGCUGCACCCUGCCCCAUCCUGCCGGGAUCAUGGUCUGCGGCAGCCCGGGAGGGAUGCUGCUGCUGAGGGCCGGGCUGCUUGCCCUGGCUGCUCUCUGCCUACUCCGGGUGCCCGGGGCUCGGGCUGCAGCCUGUGAGCCCGUCCGCAUCCCCCUGUGCAAGUCCUUGCCCUGGAACAUGACCAAGAUGCCCAACCACCUGCACCACAGCACUCAGGCCAACGCCAUCCUGGCCAUCGAGCAGUUCGAAGGUCUGCUGGGCACCCACUGCAGCCCCGAUCUGCUCUUCUUCCUCUGUGCCAUGUACGCGCCCAUCUGCACCAUUGACUUCCAGCACGAGCCCAUCAAGCCCUGUAAGUCUGUGUGCGAGCGGGCCCGGCAGGGCUGCGAGCCCAUCCUCAUCAAGUACCGCCACUCGUGGCCGGAGAGCCUGGCCUGCGAGGAGCUGCCGGUGUACGACCGGGGCGUGUGCAUCUCUCCCGAGGCCAUCGUUACUGCGGACGGAACUGAUUUUCCUAUGGAUUCUAGUAACGGAAACUGUAGAGGGGCAAGCAGUGAGCGCUGUAAAUGUAAGCCUAUUAGAGCUACACAGAAGACUUAUUUCCGGAACAAUUACAACUAUGUCAUUCGGGCUAAAGUUAAAGAGAUAAAGACUAAGUGCCAUGAUGUGACUGCAGUAGUGGAAGUGAAGGAGAUUCUGAAGUCUUCUCUGGUAAACAUUCCACGGGAUACUGUUAACCUCUAUACCAGCUCUGGCUGCCUCUGCCCUCCACUUAAUGUUAAUGAGGAAUAUAUCAUCAUGGGCUAUGAAGAUGAGGAACGUUCCAGAUUACUCUUGGUGGAAGGCUCUAUAGCUGAGAAAUGGAAGGAUCGACUUGGUAAAAAAGUUAAGCGCUGGGAUAUGAAGCUUCGUCAUCUUGGACUCAGUAAAAGUGAUUCUAGCAAUAGUGAUUCCACUCAGAGUCAGAAGUCUGGCAGGAACUCGAACCCCCGGCAAGCACGCAACUAAAUCCCGAAAUACAAAAAGUAACAUCAGUGGACUUCCUAUUAAGACUUACUUGCAUUGCUGGACUAGCAAAGGAAAAUUGCACUAUUGCACAUCAUAUUCUAUUGUUUACUACAAAAAUCAUGUGAUAACUGAUUAUUACUUCUAUUUCUCUUUUGGUUUCUGCUUUUCCCUUCCCCCAACCCCUUUGUAAUGGUUUGGGGGCAGACUCUUAAAUAUAUUGUGAGUUUUCUAUUUCACUAAUCAUAAGAAAACCUGUUCUUUUGCAAUAAUAAUAAAUUAAACAUGCUGAUACCAGAGGCUCUUUGCUGGAGUCCCCAGAUGUUACAUUUACUUUCUGCACCCCACUUGGGAAUGCAAUAUUGGAUGCAAAGAGAGGUUUCUGGUAUACCCAGAAAGCUAGAUAUGCCGUAAAACAUACUCUGCCGAUCUAAUUACAGCCUUAUUUUUGUAUGCCUUUUGGCCAUUCUCCUCCUGCUUAGACUUCCAAAUGUUUAUAAAGGUAAAAUGGCAGUUUGAAAUCAAAUGUGACACAGGCAAAGCAAUCAAGCACCAGGAAGCGUUUAUGAGGAAACAACACACAAGAUGAAUUAUUUUUGAGAUUGGCAGGAAGCAAAAUAAAUAGGAGCUUAAGAAAGAACAUUUUGCCUGAUUGAGAAGCACAACUGAAACCAGUAGCCGCUGGGGUGUUAAUGGUAGCAUUCUUCUUUUGGCAAUACAUUUGACUUGUUCAUGAAUAUAUUAAUCAGCAUUAGGGAAACGAAUUAUAACUAGACAUCUGCUGUUAUCACCAUAGUUUUGUUUAAUUUGCUUCCUUUUAAAUAAACCCAUUGGUGAAAGUC